AUGUACUCAUUCGCAGGAUUAUUCCUAUCUCUCCAAUUGUUACUCGCAGCGGUUGGCGCCGUCCCGUUGACCGCAGCCAUCUGGGACUCUGAUACCUCCUCGACUGGUAGUAACCCAUUCGCCGAAUGCACGAUUAGAACAACCACCGCGUCUCCGUCACUCGACGAGACAAAACCUCAAUUACCUCCUCCAUCUGCAGACUUGAGGCUGAAAUACGUUACUCUGGGCCGCGGCACCCAGAACUAUACAUGCGCAUCCUCUGACGCUUCUACUGUACCAGUAGCCGUCGGAGCAGUCGCCACAUUAUUCGACGCAUCAUGGAUCACUUCUUCAUUUCCGAAACUACUCGACCAGGUUCCACCUCUUCUCGAACAGAUACAUCUUGAUAAUUUAACCUCAGCUGUUGGGGCACUGAGGACGCCUCCGGCAGCACAUGGCCACGGUGGAAAUCUUGCGAUUGGAAAGCAUUACUUCACAGAUCCAACGACACCCUUCUUUGACUUUAGGAUCAGUGGACUGAAGGACUGGGCAGCGGCACAAAAGAACGCUAGUGUUAAUGCACCGGCUCCGUCUCCUGCUGCUGUGAAUGAUGUUUCCACUCCGGAUGUGGCCUGGCUGCAACUUAUAGCAAAGGACGGCGUAGGAAUCAAAGAAGUUUACCGCGUUGUCACUGCCGGGGGCUCGUCUCCCGCUACUUGUGAGGGACAAGCAUCAGGCAUCGAGGUCCAGUAUGCCGCGCAAUAUUGGUUUUAUGGUUGA